AUGAAGUUCCCAGGCUGCUACAACAACAACAACAACAAGCAGCGCGUCCUCGGACUCGCGCUCGUCCUAACAACCUGCACACAAGCCAUAGACCUCGACGUAAACGACGCAGCAUCCAUCAAAGCCACCACCCGCACCAUCGCCCAAACCCUCACAAGCUACUACACCAGCCCAGACAACGAAAACCGCGACAUCCCCGGCCUCCUCCCGGACAAAUACUACUGGUACGAAGCCGGCGCCCUCUUCAACAGCCUAAUCACAUACUGGCACUACACCAGCGACACCCAGUACAACACCCUCACCCGCCUCGCCCUGCGCCAUCAAUCCGGCGACAAGGAAAACUUCAUGCCCCUCAACCAGACCAACACCAUCGCCAACGACGACCAGGCAUACUGGGCCCACGCCGCCAUGACCGCCGCCGAAACACGCUUUCCCACCCACGACGAUGACAACAACAACGACGACGACAGCGAUCCCUCCUGGCUCGACCUCGCACGCGCCGCAUUCGACACCCAGACCGCACGCUGGGACAACACCACCUGCGACGGCGGCCUGCGCUGGCAAAUCUACACGUUUGGCGCGGGGUACAACUACAAGAACAGUGCGUCGAACGGGGCGUUUUUCGCGCUUGCGGCGCGGCUGGCGCGCUAUGCGGGCGCCAACGACGAGACGUAUGCGCGCUGGGCGGACGCGGCGUGGGAGUGGUCGACGCGGGUUGGGCUUGUGGUGGAGGAGGAUGAAGAAGGGGAUGGGAACGGGAAUGGGAAUGGGACGUAUGUGUAUGAUGGGGCGAGCGCGGUGGAGGAUUGCGGGUCGGUGAAUCGGUUGCAGUGGACGGCGUAUGCGGGGUGGUAUGUUUUGGGUGCGGCGUAUAUGUAUAAUCGCACAAACCACCCAACAUGGCGCACCCGCCUCCAAUCCCUCACAACCGGCCUCUCAAUCUUCUACCCCGACAACGACACCAACCCCAACGAACCCAACGAACCCACCAACCAAAUCCUCACCGAACCCGCCUGCGAACCCCAAAACACCUGCACCACGGACCAGAAAUCCUAUAAGGCAUCCCUCGCCCACACCCUCGGCACCACCCUCCAGCUCGCACCCUUUCUCGAAUCCGCGCUUCUGCCGCGCAUGCGUGCUUCUGCCGUCGCGGCGGCGCGGACGUGUGUUCGUGGGGAGGAGGAGGAGGAGGAGGAGGAGGCGCGCGAGUGUGGGUUUGUGUGGACUGCUAGUAGUGGGAACGAGACGUAUGGGGUUGGGGAGCAGAUGGGGGCGUUGAAUGCUGUGCAGAGUUUGUUGGCUUUGGGGAGUGCGGGGCCGGGGGUUGGGGGGGAGGGGGACGGGGAGGGGGACGGGGAGGGAGGUGAUAACAACAACGACAACAACAAUGACGGGGGAGAUAAUAACAACGAUGCUCCAUCUUGCAUUCAUCCAAUUAUUAGUGCUAUGGGUAUCUAG